AAAGAGCGAGGUGACGUAAACAAUGAAGGAGUGCCGUUGUUGACUGUUGUUGCUGACGGAAGCUGGGCCAAGAGAUCAUACAGGAGGAACUAUAACUCCCUAUCUGGAAUGGCAGCGAUAGUUGGAUACCACACAAGACAGGUUCUGUACUUUGGCGUGAAAAAUAAAUAUUGUGUAACCUGUACACGCAAGCCUGGAGACACUCAUCACACGUGCUUCAAGAACUGGAAUGGUAGCUCAUCUAGCAUGGAAGCUGCUACCAUCGUAGAAGGCUUCUUGGCAAGUGAAGAAAUGUACAAUGUGCAAUAUGCAAGAAUGAUUGCUGAUGGAGACAGCAGUGUCUACAAUAGCAUUGUUGAAGCUAGACCUUACCAAAAUCUGACGGUAAAGAAAAUUGAGUGCCGCAACCACAUGCUGCGCAACUAUUGUAACAAGUUGAAGGAUGUUGUUACCACCAGUUUGCAUAAGGAUCUGUCCAAAGAGGAUAGAGGACUACAUUUGAAAAUGUGUAGGGUACUAGGAGGUAAGUUUGUUGAGCAUUGAUAGUUUCUAAUAAACCCCCCUUUUUAUAGAACAUUUUGAAUGUUCAAAUAUGUUAAAUAAUCAAGGUAUUUUUAUUUAUUUUAGAUUUUCCAAUCAAGAAUUCUUAUGAAAUAGACAUCAACAACUAUUUUUAUAAAAAUAUGACUAAGAUAAGUAAAUUGAUAAACUUAUUUUUGGCAGGUCGCAUUAUGAGGCUGCGGACAGCAGUCACAAAAGCUAUCCAACAUAGAAAAGUUGAAGAAGGAGAAAUAAAUGAAAAGGCUGAAAAACUAAGGCUAGACAUAGUGAACGGACCCAGUC